ACUUUCACUUGAAUCCAGAGGUUUUUACUGAACCAUUUGGAUCAUAAUCCAAGAUCUUAUGAAAUUUUUAUCAGGAGGCUGUUUUCCUCCUGCGACAUUAAGGGUUAAUAGGCCUUGAACUUCUUAUCUAGAAAAAGACAAGAGAACAGGUGGGUGGAACCUCUCAGUUUACCUCCGUUGUCGCCGCCAGGGGGCGCAGCUCUGGAGAACAGCUGAGACUCCUCCGCGUCUCCUCGGGCAGCGCAGACUGUUAUGUUCCGUCCUGAAGCCAUAACCAUGGCGGACAGCUACCAGUUCCCCGUCUUCUUCGAGUGCCGCGGGCUUCUUUCGGGGGAGGACAAGAAGAAAACGGAGAGGUUUUUCCGAGUCCACAGACGGUCCGGCGGAGGAGACUGCGGUCCAUUAACUCGAGCGGCUGGUGACGUCUACAGCAUCGCGUUCAGACGUCGGGAAGAUCAACAGGAAGUGUUGAAGAGAUCCAAGCACGUCGUUGAGCUCACUGACGGUUGUCUGGAGCUCAGUGUCAGGGGCGACCUGCCACCUCCCAGCUCGUCAUAUGACACCACCGCUGAAGAGAGCCAGCAGACCAUUCCUGACCCAACUGAUGCAGCGGGUGAAGCUAGUGACCAUCAGUGUGAUGGUCCAGUCCAUUCUGAAGCAUGUGAUAGGCAUCUUCUGGGACAAAGUGCUCACCCUACAGAACACAAAGAUUCACUUGGAAGGGAGUUUGAGUCUGCUGGACAAAACAUAGUCACAGCUGGAGCUCCCAAAGGCCUUGUCCAGGUUGAAAUUGGUCAGGGGACCAUUGAAAGUCAGAAGACAGAUGCAGUGGUAUCUCCAAUGGUCUUCAACAAUCCUCUGUCUACUUGUGUUGGAAACAUUCUCAGUAAAGCAAUUGGUUCACAAGUGACUCAAAGUGUUAAACGAAAGUCAAAAAGUGAAAUGGGGCCUGGUGACUUCAUACUAGAGGAAGAUUUGACUGGACCUCCUUUUGGUGCCGUGUUCUUCCUCAACCUGGUUCGGGGAUGCAGAAGACAAUGGAACCGCAGUUCAGGUUCUCCGAUUUGGCAUCAACCAAAUUCUGACUUCCUGUGA